AUGGCUCCUGACGUGCAAAAUCCGGCGCCUUCCAGUGCGUCAGAGCCCACAGAGCCUUCCAAAGUUCGACCACUUGAGAGCGCUGCGGACGAAGCAGGCGACAAUAUUGAAGGACCACCGUCUAAGAGGGUGAAAUUGGAUGGAGAAGCACCAUCUGCUACUUCUUUGAAACCCAAAGAUUAUGGCUCUGAUGCGCUUGUCAAUGAUAGCGCAGCGCGUGACGAUGAUGCAGCUGAGGCAGCCGGCUACAACGAUCGAGACGGCGACGGCAAACAAGGCAAAAAGCGCCGCGAGAAGCAAAAGGGCAAAAAUACCAACCGUCGAUUCCAGAGAUCGCAUGAUGAAAAAGGGUUAUGUGGGACUAUUACUCAUAAUCCGGAAUUCUCGCCGAGACCAUGCCAGUAUGGCGACAAUUGCAAGUUUGAGCACAAUCUCCGCAAAUACUUAAAAGAGCACAAAAAGGAGGAUUUGAAGACAUUUGGGGGAAUAUGUCCCGUUUGGGAGGCAUUUGGGGUUUGCUCCGCAGGCUGGAGAUGUCGAUUUGUCGGGUCUCAUAUGGCUGAGCGAGAACUGGAGGAUGGGCGUAAAGAAUUGGUCUUGGUUGAAGAUGAAGAGAAGAAAAAGAAAGCAGCCCCGGCUUCCGCUGCCACUUCUUCGAUCAAUGCUACGGAAUUGGGUGUUGUGAAUCUGGUUUCAACGGAAAAUAAACAGUUGAUGACACGGAAGAAAUUUCUCACGCCCAAGGCGGAUGCAUUUAACGACUGGAUCACGGUAACUUCCAAGGAACUGGAAGAGCGCUUCCACGGACGAAAUUUUGAGGACGACGAGGAUACAGAAGGCAAGGACACAAAUGGCAAGGCGGAGGGCAAUGGUGAAGGCGAGAGCGAGGCCAAGGCAAGCUCCGAAGAAAAUAAAGCCCGAUAUACGGAACCGCCUUUCCUCCCGUCGGAAAAGAGGAGGCUCUAUUUCGGGCCAGAGACGCCGGUGUUGGCGCCGCUGACUACUCAGGGGAAUCUACCGUUCAGGAGACUAUGUGUUGAACUGGGUGCUCAGUUCACGUACUCUGAAAUGGCAAUGAGCUUGCCAUUGAUGCAAGGUACCAAAGGAGAAUGGGCGUUGAUGAAGGCCCAUGAGUCUGAGAUCCAACCUCCAACGAUAUCGCCCAAGCAACCUGUCGUUAAGGGGUACGAUAAUUCUCGUGACCUCAAGUUCGGAGCCCAGAUCGCAGGAAACAGGCCCUGGCAGGCAUUGAAAGCUACCGAGAUACUUACCGCUCUUUGUCCACAUCUUCGUGUCGUUGAUCUAAACUGUGGCUGUCCCAUAGAUCUUGUUUAUCGCGACGGAGCCGGCUCUGCACUUCUCGAACAUCCGUCUAAGCUAGAAAAGAUUCUUCGCGGGAUGAAUUCGGUCUCUGGAGAGGUCCCUAUUACUGCCAAAAUCCGAAUGGGCACAAAGGAUAACUAUCCUACUGCGCUUAAGCUGGCUGAGCGUCUUGUUAUCGGUGGCUACGAGUCUAAUGAGCUUGGACAGGGACCCGCGGGGAUCGGGGCGCUCACAUUACAUGGAAGAAGCCGCCAGCAACGAUACACCCGUGAGGCCGAUUGGGGAUAUAUAUCUGAAUGCUCAGCCUUGGUGAAAAGGCUUAAUGUAAAGAGGGAUGAGGUCGUGGACACCGUCCGCGAGCCGGAUGAGAGACUCUUGCCAUCAGCUGGGAAAGUAUACUUCAUUGGAAAUGGUGACUGCUACUCUCAUGCAGAUUACAAUAAUGCCAUCACCAACUCUGGCGUAGAUAGUGUGAUGGUUGCACGAGGCGCCCUGAUCAAGCCCUGGAUCUUUGAAGAAAUUCAAGCAGGGCAGUACCUGGAUAAGUCGUCCUCCGAACGACUUGCUUAUAUUGAGCGUUUCGUUAAGCAUGGCCUUGAAGCAUGGGGAUCUGAUGAGCACGGCAUCGGAACUACGAGACGGUUCUUGCUGGAGUGGUUGAGCUUUACCUGUCGAUAUGUUCCAGUUGGAAUUCUUGAAUAUCUCCCACCUAAGAUCAAUGACCGGCCUCCCGCAUGGAGAGGCCGUGAUGAGCUAGAGACACUGCUCGCAAGUGACCACUAUCUCGACUGGAUCAAAAUUUCUGAAAUGUUCCUUGGCCCGGCGGAUAAGGACUUCAAAUUCACUCCCAAACAUAAGUCAAACAGUUACGAUGUUGUUGCGGAGGGCUAA